AUGGAAGUUUUGGAUGGAAAGCCUAGGCUAAUUUUAGCUUAUUCUGACACAUCAAGGCCUGCAACAAAGAUGGGUAUUAAAACCAGAGCACCAAAACAGCCAUUACGAACAAGGCACGCUGGGCAUGUGCUGAAGUCAACACAAAAUGCUUGUAUCAAGCAGGAAAACUUAAACCCAAGGAGUCAAUCAAGCUUGUCAAUGACAAAAGGUGAAAAACUGCAGGCUAUUAAACAUUCCUCACAUGAAACUGCAACUAAAGAUCACUCUUUGGUUUUCCAAAGUGAUAGCACAAACAGAUAUCCUGAUUCCAAGAAUCCUAAUGGUUUUAAAAAAAGCCAACAGAAACCCCAAAUUACAUGUGUAUCAGCUGAAGACCUAAGAAGUCUGUUGGGUUUAACACAAGAACAGCUUCAAAAACUUUUGAUGACUGUAAAAGAAGAAACUAGAUGCAUCUCAGAGACUCAUAAUGAAAAGCAAGCAGAAAUGGUUGCUAAUGAGACAUCAGAGGAAAACACAGUGCUGCUCCAAAAAGCUUGUGAAGUUUCAUCUGUUCCAGAUGAAGCUGACUACAAUUCAAGCAGGAAACAAGAAGCAAAUCUGCAGCCAGGACAGAAAGUUAUAAAGGAUUCAUGGAAACCUGCCAACAUGUUUAGUACCUUGGGUGAAAGAGAAGAGCAGAAAGCAUUAUUAGAAUUUCGAAAGACCCAAUGGAAGAAGGAAUUAGAUGAACAAGUAACACUGAAAAAGAAGCUGAAAGAAACUUUGGAGGGAGAGGUGGGUUGUUUCUGGGCAACACCUGGCAGUAAUAAAGCCCACCAAGCAAAAAUAGAAACGGCUGACCAGAAUGAGGAAGCUGUGCCACAGGAACAACCUUUUAGUGCUUUGAAACGUGAGCAACAGAAGAAGUGGCUUGAAGAGCUGGACAAACAGAAGGAAGAAGCUAAGCGACGAAAAAUAGAGGAAAAACUUGAAUUAUCAAAGGCUGAAGAAUAUGACAGAUGGGCAAUGCAUUUUGAUUCUUUAAAGAACCACCUUAACGCUAACGCACAACACACCUUAAAUGGAAUGUACAAAAAGCAGCCUGAAAGUCUUUGCCUGUCACCUGACCCUAAGGAGCUGACUGCUUUUAUUCACCCUUUCUCACCUGCAGCUUUAGGCAACCUUAUGCCCUCAAAGGUGGGAAAUCCAGAAAAAGCUGCUAAAGCCAGUACUUUGGAACAGAGUCAGAAAGUGAGUUUCCUCCGUUCAAUGACAGCUCUCCUGGACCCUGCACAGAUCGAAGAGAGAAACAGGCGGCGGCAGAAACAGUUAGAACAUCAGAAAGCAAUAAUGGCUCAGGUAGAAGAAAAACAGAAGAAGAAACAACUGGAGGAAGAGCAGAGAAAGCGGGAAGAACAAAAGCAAGAAGAGCGUCUAGCUCGAGAAAAAGAACAAAUGCAGAAACAAUUGGAAGAAGAUAUGCUGAAACAAAAACAAAAGAAGGAAUUCCUGACUCUGAAAACAAAUGAGCUUUAUCAGACAAUGCAGAAAGCUCAAGAGUUCGCACGGAGAUUAAAACAAGAACAGCGCAUUCAAGACUUGGCUCAGAAGGGACAUGACGUUUCAAACCUUCAGAAGAACCUUGGUGGUGCUGAUACUGAUUUUGAAAAUUGUAAUACUGACAUUUCACAUCAAAGUCAUAACUCUUCUGAUGACAUCAAGAGCGACAUUGAUCAGCAGACUUCUCCUCGGAAGGACGCUGCUGUACAGACAGAUUACAUUAAUACUUCAGUAUACACUGAGACAGCUGAGGAAAAAACUGUGGGUUGCGGAUCGCCUGAUAUUUCCAUACAAUGUAAAGAAACCUCUAACAGCAAAAAAAAACAUAAGGAAAUGCAGAAUAUAGAUAAAAAUAUAACUUCAGGAAAAGAGACUGGUGGCAUUUAUGGUGAUCUGCAUGAACAAUAUGCAAAAAGAGAAAGACAAAUUAAACCUUCAGAAAAAGACAGCAAAAGACCCCACUGGAACAUAAACAAUCCUGGGAAAAGAUAUAUUCUAGCAUCUGAAAGAUACCCUAAACAGCUACAAAAACAAAGGAGAGAAAACAAACUAAGACGACAAAUGGAGCUGCUUCAGUUGGUAGAAAGAAAUACUUCUGGGAGUCUCUGCCCCAAAAAAGGUGGAUAUUCAGACAGGUCUCCUUCACCUUACAAAAAAAUAAACGUGAAGAAUAAGGGACAUAGAGUCAGUAAGGAAGAAACAUUACCUAAGAAUCAUUUGAAUAAAGAAAGAACUGAAUCACCACCUGAACCAACUGUUCCAGCAGUUAAGAACAGUCUACACCAAGUACAACAAAAACAGACACAUACUUCUAAUUUCCUGGUGCAUAACAGCAAUAGUAGAAAAAAGAAGAGUAUCAAGACAGACACAGAGCAGAGGAGCUUCCUCCCUGCCCUGAUAGAAGCUGGAAGACCUCACUCUCCAGAAUUUAUUCCCUACAUCCGAACAAACGAAGUGUAUUACCUGGAUCCAGAUGCACCAGGGGCCAGCCCUUCAACACAUGACCCACAGUAUCAACAGCUUAAUGAUUCUUACCAAUCACCACAACAGCUUUGUAGCUUCAGUCAUGCUGGAGAUCCUCUUCUAAAUCCUGAUGUUGUUAAAACCAGAGAGAGACAACAAGCAAUUCUCAAAGCAUUAUCAGAAUUACGCCAGGGUCUCCUGCAGAAGCAGAAGGAGUGGGAGACCACUCUGACUCCUGUUGUAGCUCAAGAAGAGAACUUUACUUCGCCAUUUUGA